CUUACAUGUAGCUUGAAACUUGACCGCCGCCCAACGCAGACGGUCAACGACGAAGCCAUGGCCUCCACGACACAAUUCAAAGACCGGAACCUCAUCGCUGUCAUUGGAGAUGAGGACUCGAUUACCGGUCUCCUCUUGGCUGGUAUUGGACAUAUAAACGAGUCGGGGAAGAAGAACUUUUUGAUUGUUGAUUCUAAGACCCAAGUACCCACCAUCGAAGCCGCAUUCCAGGAGUUCACCGAACGCAAAGAUAUUGCUAUCCUCUUGAUCAACCAACAUAUCGCAGAGAAGAUCAGACCAACCGUCGACCUCUACAAGAAAGCAUUCCCAACACUCCUAGAGAUCCCGUCCAAAGACCAUCCUUACGACCCAUCCAAAGAUUCAAUACUCAAACGCGUCCAGAAACUCUUCGGAGAGUAGAGGGUUGUGCAUUGCUGUGUCUAUGAUAGGUUGUAGUAUGUACAUGCCAGUGGGAAAGCGAGGAUACGGGAAUACUGUAGCAGGGAUUGAGCGGUGGAGCGAGUGGAGAAGGAGAAGGAUUCCGACCAAGUGCAAUAUCGCAACCCUGGCAUGUAAGUACAUAAGUACGCAAACACUACACUCCGAGUUCUACAAAUUGCCCCAUGAAACGACAAGCCAAACAAGAGCAGGAUGAUCUCCC